GCGAGAACCGGGAACGUGUUCCCAGGAGCUUCGUCGUUCUGGGCGGGGUUUCGGAUAAGGCGCUUGCUCGCUCGGAGGCUUUGCUUGGCCCUGGAACGAAACCGAAGCCAAUUUCUGAUGCUGGAUUUGUGUUGUGGGCUGUUUCGUGGGCAGGGAGUUUGCGGAGCGGCCGAGCUUGUAAUCUCGAACUUGGAUUGAUUCGCCUGGUUGCACAGUGUUCCGUAAUGGCUGCAGCUGCUGCUACGUCGUCCAUGGCGUCGUUGUCCCUUCGUGGGUCCUCGUUCCAGGAAUUCAAUGGCUUGGUUGCUUCAUCCCCAGCUCGCCCUUCCAUGCCGUCUCCUGCCCAGACUGUAAUGCGGAAGCCCUUGAAAAUAGAGGCCGCUGAGGGAGUGGCAGGAAAAGGAGGAGUGCGCAUUAGGUUGGUCCGCCUUGGUCGCAAGAAACUUCCCUACUACCGUAUCAUUAUCGCUCCGAGCCGCGCUCGUCGUGAUGGAAGGUUCCUGGAGAUGGUUGGCCACUACAACCCCAUGCCUGACAAAAAUGGUCAGAAGGAUAUCCAAGUAAACGUCGAGAGGGUCAAGUACUGGCUGUCAGUGGGUGCUCAACCAUCGGACACUGUGAGAGAUAUUCUGUACAAGCAAGGAGUGAUGACUCUUGCCACCGCUCCUGAGUCUGUAUCUGAUGCUUAAGUCUUAGUACUGACGAAAAAAUGGUAUUUUAGAGACUAGUAGAGCUUUCACCAUUCCUAACGCAAAGGUAGAAUGCGCUAAGUUUUCGUCCAGUUUUGAAUGGCUAAGCAUGAAAAAAUGCAAUUUUUUACCAUCCUAUCACUCAUUCCCUGCGAAUUCCAAGGUGUGAGAGCUUGGAAUCAUGUGCAUGGUUAGCGGUUUGAAGUUAUCUACGGCAUCGGAUUCUAUUGCAAA